GAGCGGUAGACGAACUAGUUGCAAGAUUCUUUGGCAGUCUUCCUCUUUUCUUAGGCAUAAUUUUAAUAUGGAAAUACAGGUAAUACCAAUCCAGAGAAAGGAAUGUCUACAGGCUGAUCAAGUGAUCAUACGUGAAAAUGCUCUAGAACUAUCAGGAAAAAAUGUAUGA